AUGUCGCGCCGCAGAGUUGGCUUCUAUCUGAGCGAUAAGAAACGGCGAAGAAUGAAUCUGGACGCCUUUUCAGAGCUUUGUGCGGGCCAUGGAGUGGAGGUGGUGGAGAUUGAUCUUACUCAGCCACUGGGCCCCCAGGGACCCUUCCAUGUCAUUGUUCACAAGCUGUCUGAUGUCAUCGUGGAGGCGGAGCACGACAGCCAAUCACAGGAGCUCCUGGCCAACUUUCAGAGCUAUGUGUCAGCCCACAGCAGCACAGUUCUUCUGGACCCCCUGCCUGCCAUGACCCGGCUUCUAGACCGCUUCGCCUCCUACCGGAUCAUGAGCGAGCUGCACAAUUCCCUCCGAGAUUGGCGCAUUUGCUGUCCUCCGUACGUUGACGUCCACAGCUCGCGAGACAUGGCGUCCAUUCAACACGAAGUGACGACCCAGAACUUGAGCUUUCCUCUCAUUUGUAAAACAAGAGUUGCACAUGGCUCUCGAUCCCAUGAGGUGAGUGCUAUUUGUUUGUUUUUUACUCUCCGCCUUUCUUGCCGCAUUUGCUACUUGUUUUCGUGCGUUUGGUUUUGUGCGCAGAUGUCGCUUAUCUUCAGUGCGGCGAGUCUGGAGGAGAUCCAUCCGCCGUGCGUGCUCCAGAGUUUUGUCAGCCACGGGGCCGUCCUGCACAAGGUGUUUGUGGUCGGGGACAGACACUUCUGCGUGGAGAGACCCUCGCUCAAGAACUUCCCCUCCGGCCCGUGUGACAGAAAGAGCAUCUUCUUCAACAGCCAUCAGGUGUCCAAACCAGAGUCAAGCUCCGACCUCACAGCUAUGGAUGAGCAGAUGCCGUAUCUUCCUCCCCCCAGCUCAGAGGCCGUAGCCGCCCUGGUCAAAGAGCUCCGGGUCCAGCUGGGCAUGGCUCUGUUUGGUGUGGAUGUCAUCAUCAACAUACACACUCACACACUCACUGUCAUUGACAUCAACAUCUUCCCAGGUUAUGAGGGCGUGCCACAGUUUUUCUCCUGCCUGUUAAGCCAUAUUGAGUCAGUGUUGGACAAAAAAGCUUCUGAUGACAAGGCAGCAUCUGGACUUCCCUCCACUGUGGCAACGACUGAGGAGCAGAACACAAAACAUCCAGCAUCACUUCACUAGACAUUUUUCUUAUGUUUCAUACAAUGUUGAAAAAAAAACAGAUUUUAAUGACAAAAAAAAUUAUUUUGAUAUAGAAGUAGUGUUGUCAAACAAUUCACCUUUUCAAUCAGAUUAAUCACAUGGUUGCUGUGGAUUCAUUUUUUUAAUCAUCAUAUUCGCUUUUAUCUGUAGUAGUUGUUUGAUAA